AUGGCAACAGCAUCUAUAAUCCUUGGUGGUGGAACUAAAGGUAAACGCUUCGCUAUGCCUAAUACAAGAAUCAUGAUUCACCAACCACUCGGUGGUGCUAGUGGCCAAGCCAUAGAUGUUGAAAUCCAGGCCCGAGAAAUGAUGCAUAAGAAGGAAAAUGUCACCAGAAUUAUAGCAGAAUCCACUGGUCGAUCUUUUGAACAAAUGAAGAUAGCAUCAUCCCACUUAUGCCUGUUCCAGAUCGAGUUAACCUACCCUUAG